AUGGUCUCUUUCACGGAGGCCAUGAUUUCUGGCGUUUGCCCCUUCGUGUCGGAUUCCUUCGACACCAUGAAGGACAUCCUCUUCGCCUUCCUCUGCUUUGCAGCGGAGGACGCGUUCGUCCAAGCGCUUGGGGCGCUUACUUUGCUCUGGUUGGUGACGUUCCACAUCGUCCUGCUGCGAGAUAAAAGCUGCCAGCUGGAGUUUGCCUCCAACCACCUGGCGGUGUUGUCAUUGCCCACGUUUCCUGCUGACUCAACCGAUUCCGGCAAGAAAGCUAUCAAGACGGAGGUUUCAUGGACGAAGCGGGCCUUCAGCAAAGCCAGUGGCAUGUGCUCUGAGUUGCUGCCGCUCCUCUACAAGCAGUUUACUCCCACGAAAAGAAGCUUGGCAAUGGUCAGUGCUUUGGCCAUCCUCUACCUGGCUUUAGUCCCGGGAGGCAGCACUGUAGUGGCCGUUCUGAAUCUCGCCGUUCCCAUCGUCCAAGUGACUGGCACCUUUGUGCUGUUCAAACCAUUGCAGCGCCGCAUCGCUCCGAAGCUGGCCAGCAAACUGGACGCGGCGCUGGAGGCCGCUGACGGCGACCAAGUCGUCCGUUUGAAGGACGAGGCGAGGCCUGAGCCGGAGGAGUUGACAUAA